AGGACCGGCGUGUGAUCGUGUGCCCGCUCUGUGACAUGGCCCUCCCCUGCGACGCAAAGGAUGAGCAGUCCUCCGUGCACGUCUUCGACCGCCAUGUGGCGAGUGGCGCAUGUGCUCCGAGUGUGAAGACGAAGCCACGGUGUCCUGUGAAGGGCUGUCGAGAGAAACUCACCUUCUCGAAUUCCUGCCAGUGCGGCAGCUGUGGCCUGAAGGUAUGUCUGAAGCAUCGCUUUGAGGAUCAACAUGAAUGUCGACCCACAUGCCGCCAAAGCGCCGGUGCCUUUGGCAGCAGCUUGAUGCAACAACUUCAGCGCCUGGUGAAAUGAUGUUCCUCGCCACAUCGAUUUUUAGAACAUGGAUGUUGAGAACCGCGUGCCUUUAAAGAGGCAUGUCGGGCAGCGGAUCAACAAAAGGUCAGACAUCCUCUUCUGAAAUCCAUUCAAAUCCAUCUCAAAGCUUUGUAAUGGCUUGGAAUCGGGAUGGAUUGGCUGGUGAUUUUGAUCCUUUCCAUGUCCAUUUGCUGGAAGACUUCCUUGCUGCGAAUUCGAAGAUUUCGCACCACGAAGGUGGGCGGUGGCGGAGUCUUCAUUUCGGGCCUGGGCCAUCAGUUUUCCAGGCUUCGUAAUCCCAAGCUCUGAUGUGUACAGGUCACGUGCUUGGCAUUCAGAAACUUCCCGAGAGAUCCCGCUGCACAGUCUCGGAUGAAAACAUGCUAGGAGUUCUGUCG